AACGUAUGGCUCGGCCCCUGGUGGGGAUGGGCUGGUCUUGGCCAUUACACUCCCGGGCUGAAAGUGGGUCCCACUCCGGCACCCCCUCAGUACCUGCAUUAAAAAUUAUCUUGCGCCGCCCCUGCUUCUACGGAACGGUAACUUCGUAGUAAGUCCAUUCACCAGCAUGGCGGGGAUUUCCUCUGCUCUAGACCACCUCCUCUGCUCCAUCUGCACUGAGGUCUUCACUGACCCAGUGAUCCUCAGCUGCCAACACACCUACUGUAAAGAGUGCAUCCACAAGUGCCUGAGUGCUGGUCUCCAACACUGUCCACAGUGUAACGCCUUUAUUGUCGCCGAGUCUUUUCAACCCCACAGGAUCGUACGUGACUUAGUGGAGCAGCUGAGGCUUGAUGAAGCCAGGCAGGAGGGGAACAGAGCACACACAUGCCCCGAGCACCACAACCAGGAGCUCACUCUGUUCUGUAAGAAAGACAGCAGGCUUGUUUGUCUCGUGUGUCGGGACGGGAGGGACCAUGUCGGCCAUUCCUUCAGGCCUGUGGAGGAAGAAGGAGAGGAGGUGAAGAGAGAAGUGUCCUCAGCUCUAGACCUCCUGACGGCUGAUAUCUUUGAGGUGGUCUGCUACUGGGAGAGACAGCGUGGAGAGAUAACCACCACCAGGUGGACCUCCAACCUGCUGAAAAUCCAGAUCAGCCAGCAGUUUGAGGAGCUGAGGAAGGAGCUGGAGUGGAGGGAAGUGGAGGAGAUGAGGAAGGUAGAUGAGCAGGGUGACCUGACUGCAAUGGAGAAGAACCUGGCUAUGAUGGAAACAUGUCUGGUGGACGCCAGAGCACAACUGGCCAAUCUGCAGUCCCUCCUGCACCUGUCUGACCCCAGAGACCUGGUGGUGCAGUGGAGGGAGAAAGGUAGGGUGGAUGAGAGUAGAAAGCUGUCUUCUCCGUCUGGAAGCUUCCCCCGUAUCUGUCUGCUGCAGAACCGUCUUGCCCUCCGGCCACCCCUCAGCCUGCUGCCCCACACUAACUGGAGGGAUCUGGAGUACACCCUGGCCCGAAACAUAGGCUCACCUCCACGCUCUUGGGUCAACCCUCUGUUUGGUAACAUAUUUGAUUACAUCCAGGGACUUCUAUGGAGGUGGACGUUUGGUAAAUUCUUAUGAAACAUAUCUCAGUAUCCUGUUAGUAUCUGUCAGUAUACAGGGGGGGAGGGGGCUCUGUAUAACUAUCAUCUCAGUAUGCAUGCGCCUCGUCAAUUCAUUUUAUAUAUAUAUAGAGGGAUAAGUUGUCCCUUACUUCUCAGCGUGAGAAAUUGUUGAAAUGUGUGAGAAAUACAAGGUGCGUAAGAGCGUGAGAAAUGGCUGAAAUACGUGUCUCACAGCGAGUGUGCGACACGAGAGCCCUGAAUAUAUAUAUAUCUGUAGAAAAAAGUAACUCCAAAUGCUACACAUUAUGAUGUACAAAAACGUAAGUACAAGUACCACUUCAAAAUGCUGAUCAACUUGAUCUACUAAGGCCAGCAUGCCAUCUCUAACACUAUUUAUGACUUCCAUUAUCUCUCGAAUCUAAGUGUCCCUAUCUGCCUUCGAUCUUGUUAGGAAUUAGGAAAUAAAAGUACCAUGAAAUAAAUAAAUGUCAUCUUUACAAAAACGUCAUUUUGAAAUAAGUAAAUGGAUUUAUUGCUUUAUUUAGGUAAAUGGAUUCAGCUAUAUAUUAAUAUGAUGAUAUAUUUAUAUAUUUAUUGCCUUUUUUUAGUCGAGCUGCCGUAUGGCAGUGUGAGAUCUGAUUCCCGCUUGUGUCAUCAUUGCUGAAUUAACUAAAUGUUCUACAGAAAUUGGAGAUUAUAUUAUUUAAGA